AUGUCUAGCACUACCAUAUCACAGCUUUCAUCGCGCUUAGCCCGAGAAGAGCCCUUCCUGAGUGCUGCCAAGACACCUGUGAAAUCUCGGGCAAUGGUUGGGUGUAUUGUCAGGCCGGGUUCGCAGUCUGGGGACUCGGCAGAAAUGCUUAUUAUACUGCGGGCAAUUAGAGAGAACGAUCCGUGGUCUGGCCAGACUGCCUUCCCCGGUGGUCGCUGUGAGAUCGAUGAUAACGGUGAUGAUAUGGUGACAGUGGUACGGGAAGUAUGGGAGGAAAUAGGAGUAGACUUGUCGGACAAGACGCACUAUAGAGUGCUUGGUCGUGUGAGCGAUAUAGAGGUCUAUCGUGGGGGCAGGGUACAUAUGGUAGUCGGGUGUAUAGUCUUCGAGCAAAUAGUGCCGCCCGAAUCCCUCACGUUGGCCCCUCUAGAAGUAGCUGCGUGUGGAUGGGUACCGCUUUCUACAGUGGGCUGUGCUACCNNNNGAUUAUACCAUGAUCCCUAG